AUGUCCGCCGAUGGCAGUGUGCACAUUAAUGGCGAAAUCACAGACCCUCCGGCAGACGAUGUCUCAUCCAACGCUCGCUAUGCACAACCACUUGCUCGGCAAACUUCUGCAGUGUUCCAGACACCUGACGACUCCCUGUUCUGUCCAACGUGCUUGAAGAAUCAGCAUCUCGUGUCGCAGGCAUUGGCUUCUUACUUGCCAUCUCCCGAUGCGCCAGAUUAUGCGGAAUACGUCAAAGCAGAAGAUGAGUACCUGAAGGGGCUGGAAGAGCGAUACCCGCAAGUAUGCAAGAGAUGCGAGCCGAGGGUGCAGGAGAGGAUACGAGCUGCAGGGUAUGCAGCGAAGACGGAUCAUCUAAGAAGGAUGAUGGACAGGACUAGAGGAUGUGGCAUACAGUACAGAGACACGAGCUGGGGAAGUCCCCUGGUUGCUCUGGGGGGCAUUGGCUGGUUUCUAAGCUUGACUGGCCAAACCUUAUGGGAUGGGCUGUCCCUCUUGAAUUCCACGGAAGAGCGCCAUGGUCUCCGAGAUCCACGAGAUCCCGCAUCAGGUUCAACGUGUCUACAGCAGGUCAUGAGGGGUACAGGCUCCGUAUCGGACUGCACUGAGAGUUUGUGCUCUGCUGCUGGGAUGGCCUUACUUCUUGGCUUUCUGUCGUCGUGGUGGCAUCCAAUGCUUCAAGAAUCAUUGAGAAGAAAAGGAGGCCGAGCAGUUGGUACAUCAGAAUUCUAUCAGCUGCAGGGCAUGCUCCUUAUCGUCAGAUGCGUUACAUGGCGGUAUCUUCAAGGCUCUGACCUCAAAGCGCAUGUGACUAAGGCUGCUCAUCUGUCGCUGCUCGUUCUUACUACGAUUAUAACCGUCAAGUCCUUUCGCUCCGUUCGGAUGGACUACUCGGCUCCAGUCAAAUUUCAAGACAGUCCCGGGCCUUUGGUAUCUCAGAUGACCCAGCAGAAAGUGGCGGGCGUGAGAACAGGGGAUCUUGGUUACGUCCCUCAACAGCCGAAUAUACCAAUGACUCGCAACGAUGGUGGUACACGUCCAUUCUCUAUUACGGAUUUUGCACCACUAAAUCAGCAGCGACGUCCAGCAAUAUACCAACCUCCUACUCCUCCACCGGAUGAUGACGAUAAUGAAGCCAUGGAUUGGACUCCUUCGCAAGAAAUUAGACUCCUGCGUCCAGCAGCGUCACAUCGCACUCCCAACGCGGUGUCCCAACAGCCACAGUCAUUUCCGUACCCUGAAAAUCUUCCAGCUCAAAGUCUUCGCAACCCGCUAAGUCAGCCUGUGUUCCGUAGUAGCCCCGAAACGCGAUAUCAGGAGUCCUUCAAAACCCCCAAGAAAUACACCAUGCGGGACUCACAUGAUGAGUCUCCUUUUGUCACCCCAUAUGAGCCUUCGCUUGCAGCUGGUAGUCCGGAGCUGUCCCCUAUAAAGUUUGCUCAACCUAGAUUCUUCCCACCUACCGAUCGCGAAGAUCUUGGACUCGAAUCUCUCAUGGCGAACAACUUCUCACUUGCCGAAGAACCUCGCGAGGUCCGUGCACGCCAACAAUAUGGAAAACACGAGAAUGAAACGCAGUCAAAAUUGGACGCUGUUUAUGCACAAUUGCACGGACCGGUGGCCUUGCUUCUUCUUACCAUCUCAUUCAUGGUCUGGACCAGCACACCAAUACCAUCUCUUGCCGCCUCCCGAAUCCACUCGGGGCUCGCAGCUUUAGGCAUUGCGGCUCUUGUCAUCCUCAAAUCUCUCCUGCCGGCAGUCCGCAAGGAUAGUGACCGAAGCCUCAGCGAUAUUGUGCUUCUUGCAUUCGAGCUAAUCACAACCAUUAUAUUCGGAUUUGCUCUACGCCAACGGGCAGCAACCGCUUCCGCGGAGGACAGUAUCGGACCGCUUGAGACGCCAGGCUUAAGUUUGAUAGCUGUGCUGAUCGCGCAAGAAGCAUGGAUGCUUUACUCUAGGACCUCUGUUCGUCGAAUGAGCAAUGGAAACGCUCCAUCCCCGCCUAUUCCGCAACCAGCGGCUGCGCCUGACAAAUCAGACCGUCAACAGCCCUUCGUGGGAAGCAGCAUGUCCUCAUCUAGACAGGAUCCAAAGGUUGGAAUGGGGACAGCUUCCAACGGUCAACAUACCCCGGCAUUAUCACAGCGCACGACACGCUCCAGGACGAAACUGGAGAAUGAUGCUCGUGCUCCAGGUGGGUUUGGUAGCCUCUCCCUUGGUGGUAAUGCCAGGAAUGAGCAGGCGCUAGGGAUGAACUCCUUGAAUAUAUGGCAACCACAGAGCAAGAAAGGAAAGGGAAUGUGGUGA